AUGGCUCCAAAAACUGUUCCGUCAAAAAUUGUCAUCGCUGGCAAUUCGAAAAUGUCGUUGAACGAAAGGUAUGCGAACGUGCGAAAACUCUAAAAACAUAACUAAACGUCAGGUUUUCUUCUAUUCCAAAAGCUAGAACUCACUUGAAGAAACCGAAAUUUGUGCCAAAAACAGUUUAUCAGAAUGUCGAAGUAAGUUAAAAUGUAGAAUACAGCUUCAACCAGUUAACUUCAGUACGAAGACCCGGUUGAGGUUUUUCCGAGACCCGUGAUUCGUCGCCCACGCCCUCAUCCAACCUUCCAUCAACGUCCUGUACCUAUUCGUAAGCUACAGCAGAUUUGAUCUUAUUGACUUCCGCUAUCUUACAGAAAACCGUGUGACGUUCGUGAAGACUGCUCCCGCUCAGAGAGGGUUCGCUCCACGCACUAACCUUGUUAAUAGGAAUCCUCAAUUCCAAACGUUCAAGAAGCCUGCUGUUAGGUAAUUUUUGAGUCAGAGGAACUCGUAUUUUGAUUUUUAAUGCUUCCAGGUCCGGCUUCAACCAAGUCAAGCGCAAGCUUUUCAGUAAUAGAAUCAACAACAACGGUUUCCAAGGAGGAAAUACAUUUCAGGGCAAAACGUUCCCAUCAGUGCCGAAAAAGAAAACUCUCGCUGA